GUUCAUCGCUGACGGAAAAGAGUACACGAAAGAAUGCAUUCAUAUUUAAAUUCUAAUUGAUAAUCUUUUUCUUUCAUAAUUAGUACGCAUUGAAGUCGUGAUGAAUUGAUUCUUGGAAAAUAAGAAAGAGAUAAAAAUUUAAACGCAUUUACAUGACAUGAAACCAGCCAAUAACAAUAAUUUAUUCACGAGAAAAAAAAAACCUAUCUAUCGAUACGAAUGAAAAAACGAAAAGAAAAUUAAAGUGGCAAAAUUGCAAUGGGAAAGAGAACAGCAAACGCUAAACAAUUUCCAACGAAAUCAUGCUCAUGCGCUAAUAAUAAGUAUUCCUGUUACGGAUUCUACUUUAUGACAUGCACAGCAGACAAAUACAUUUCAGCACGACAAACGGUUUAAUUUGUUUACAAAUGGUCUUAUCAAGAUCGUUCACCUUAAAAAAAUCAUUCGUUAUCAACGCAUUAAACGUCGUCUGAAGUAAUUGAAUGGGUCUGUUUUGAAAGAUAUCAACAAAAGAGUGAAAUAAAUGAAGAACGAUGCAGUAGAUUUGAAGUAUCCAUGUGAAGCGGUCAAAACAAUUCUGAAUAAGUGUGACGACGACGACAACGACGACAACAACAUCGACGGGUCGAGUUUUGAUACGAAACGAAAGAGAAAUAUAAAAACAAAACAAAAAAACAUAUUUCGAUGUAAAUGUUUCAUUCAAUUGGAUGUGUCACUUUGUUCUGUGUGCGGCUCUUGACAUUAUCAUUCGAAUCAACAUAUUUGAAGCUCUGAAUUCAGUUUUGCUUCGAUAUCUAUAUGAAUUGGACCGCUUUGGUAGACGUCAGUGUAUUCACUCUCUUUUUUUUGGAGGGAUAAAGAAUUUUUUUUUUGAUAGAACGUUGGCAUUGAAAAUAAAUUUGAUACGAUUGGCCGGAUUCAUGAAUGGACACUGAUUAAAAUCUUUACUAGGUAAAGCGAAAAAAAAAACUUCAUUCAAUCGCUUUCAAACACAUUCCAGACAAAAUAUUUUCGUUGCGUUGUAAACAAAAAGCGAAGAAGAAGAGGCCAACGGUUGACACGUCAUAGAGAGCGCACACAGAAGCAACACCAACAACAUGACUGACACUUCGAAUGACAUUUCAGUUGGUAGUUUGAACGACCUACAAAACAUCAACAAUUCACAACGACUGAACAUUCUACGUGAUGCAUUCCAAGCGUAUUUUAAACGUGAACCAACAUUCUUUGUCAACGUUCCCGGCCGGGUAAAUCUGAUCGGUGAACAUAUUGACUAUUGCGGCUAUCCAGUGUUGCCGAUGGCAGUUGAACAGAGCAUUCUUCUUGCAGCUGCACCAUCCGAUGAUCGAAUUUUACACAUUACAAACACCAAUGAACGAUACAAGUCGACUGAAUGCGCCGUAGAUGCGAUCAAUAUCAAAGUGCCAGAAAAUGCCAUUCCACCAGAAUGGUACAAUUACUUUCUGUGUGGUGUCAAAGGAAUCUAUGAUGAGCUGCCGAAUGGCAAACAAUGCGGUAUGUAUGUCACAGUAUCCGGCAAUAUUCCACCAGCAGCCGGUCUAUCGAGCUCAAGUGCCUUGGUUAGUGCCGCUACAUUGGCUACCAGUUUUGUGAAUGAGUUUAGCUUGAACAAAACCACUCUGGCGGACAUUUCAGCAAAGUGUGAAAGGUACAUCGGCACCCAAGGAGGUGGAAUGGAUCAGGCGAUAGCAUUUUUAGCGGUCGAAGGAUGUGCUCAGUACAUUGAAUGGGAACCAUUGACAGCAACUUCAACCAAUUUACCUUCGAAUGCCUACUUUGUCAUUGCCAACAGUUUGACACGGGCAAACAAAGCGGCCACAUCUGAUUUCAAUCAACGGGUCAUCGAAUGUCGAUUGGCCUGCCGAAUACUUGCCAAGAGUGCAAAUUUACCGUGGCGAGAGUUGGAACGAUUUGCAAUGCUGCAGAAGAGAUUAAAGUGUUCGCUGGCUGAUUUUGAAGCGUUCGCCGAUCGAAUUUUAACACAAGAUCUCUACUCAAGAGACGAUAUCAUUGGUGUGUUGGAAGUGGAUGAGAAUGAAUUUGAGAACCAAUUGUUAACGCCCAAUACGAAGCAUUUGGAAAAAUUCAAAUUGCGUCAGCGUGCCAUGCAUGUCAUUCAAGAGGCACUUCGAGUGGCUCAAUUCCGUGAGGUGGCCACAAAAAGCGGAAAUGUUGAAGAUUUGGGCAAACUGAUGCGCGAAUCGCAUUUUAGCUUGAAUGAACUGUACGAAUGUUCACACGAAAAUCUGAAUCGAUUAGUCGAUAUUUCAGAUCGAUUUGGUGUGAGUGCUCGUCUUACCGGCGCUGGUUGGGGCGGAUGCAUCGUUGCCAUUUGCGACUCACUGGAAAGCAGUUCAAAGUAUAUCAACGAAUUGAAAGAGAAAUAUUUCAAGCAUUCACCGGACUAUGAUGAAAGUGAUGCCGAUAAUGUAGUAUUUGUAACAAAUCCACAACGAGGUGCUGCAAUCUACUUAAAUCCACAAUAAAAUGUUAUACCGUAUUUGUAAAAAUUGCAAAAUGUCUGUAUUGAGGGGACAAAAAAUAAAAUGCAUCAAUUUACCGAAAA